GGUUCAAACAGUCUGUCCUUCAUCUCCCUCUGGUGGUCACUGAGGAAUUUUCUGUCUGUUCCACUUACUGAGCCAUUAAUAAUGUGCAAACAGACAAAAAGCCAUGACGUUAGUCGUUUUUAAGCUAGACAAUAUACCACAAAUAUCUGGUUAAACCUCAGUGAAAUUUCAGCCUAAAGAUACCUUCACAUUCUAAAUAAACACAGAGAAGAUGCUGACUGUACGAUCCCCAAUGUUGCCUUCAGGGACCUUAUGUCAAAUUGGGGGGAGAAAUUAUGUAUUUUUCUGGAACGGGUCAUUAUAUUUCUAUCAGAAAAUAAUGUAAUCUGCCCCUUUGUAUGAACCUCAAAGGUAUGUAUACGGUAUUAUGGAUAGAUCAAAAGUGGCAUUACGUUUUUACGUAGAGGCCCCCACUUCCACUUUAGCGUCAAUAAAUCUAGAGGAACCCGAACACACCAGAAUCACAUUUCCGGCUUCCGCGCCGAAGAGAACGGAAGUUUACUGGAAGCACAUGAACGCAGCAGAACGUUACCGUCAACCCUGAGGCUGGAAGAGACGAGAUGCAGACCAUAAAGUGUGUGGUGGUGGGUGACGGUGCUGUGGGAAAGACCUGCCUCCUCAUCUCCUACACCACCAACAAGUUUCCCUCUGAAUACGUCCCCACGGUCUUUGAUAACUAUGCGGUGACGGUGAUGAUCGGCGGGGAGCCGUACACUUUGGGGCUGUUUGACACCGCAGGUCAGGAGGACUACGACCGGCUGCGCCCUCUCAGCUACCCUCAGACCGACGUCUUCCUCGUCUGCUUCUCCGUCGUGUCUCCUUCCUCUUUUGAGAAUGUCAGAGAGAAGUGGGUGCCGGAGAUCUCGCACCACUGCCCGCGCACGCCGUUCCUGCUGGUCGGCACUCAGGUGGAUCUGCGAGACGACAGCAACACUCUGGAGAAACUGGCCAAGAACAAACAGCGAGCUCUGAGCUGCGAGAGCGGAGAGAAACUCGCCCGAGAGCUGAAGGCCGUCAAAUACGUGGAGUGUUCCGCUCUCACGCAGCGGGGACUCAAGAACGUGUUCGACGAGGCCAUCCUGGCUGCUCUGGAGCCUCCGGACAACAAGCCCAAGAAGCGCUGCGUCCUGCUAUAGACGGGCACAGGGGGGGGGCAGGGGGUGGGGGGGGGAUAGACGCAUGUUUUACGCAGUGCCUUCAGCCGUAGUGACUUAACACGCGUGUGGUGCUGGAGGAGACGGGCUUUUUUACGGGCAUCGUUGUAUAUUGUAUUACAGCGUGUGAGCGACACUCCUCACUAACAAUGGACAGUCCAACAGGAAGUGACUUUAGGAAGAUGGAGUCUUUUGGUCAGUGAACGGUCGAGGAUCCUAAAUAUUUAUGGCCGAUCUCAUAGAAAGUGUUUACAGAGUUUAUUAUUACAGAAGCUGAGGGUCAACUCACAAAAUGAGAAAUAAAGCUCACAGCUUUCAGUUUUCUUAACAACCACAAUAAUAAUAAUAAUAAUAAUAAUAGUGGGAUGAGUAAGUAAAAGUAACAAGAUUCUUUGAAUGUAAACUUGACAAAAGAAUGCAGCUUGAAUCUUUUCUCUAAAGCCGUUUCAGUUAAAACACACAUUUACCUGUUGGAUGAAACGCAUUGAUGUGCGAAGGCCUUUUGGAUUAAUGGAGUCAUUUGGUUUAAAGUAAACACGCAGGACGACGUCCGAAAAAAGGACAAAAUAUACUACAAAUGCCAAACUUCACCUCGUAUAUGAAAUGAAACUCAGUGCGUCUUCCAGCAGUCGAGCGAACUGCUUUUUUAAAUCCUCACCUCAUCGCUGCCUUGAAGGAAUCCAGAUGAAUCCUGUGACGUUUUGAGUCUGAAAUCUGCCAAUGACGACCAGCUCUUCUUCAUCACCUUCUCCUCUUCCUCCUCCCACACACGCAUUCUGUUGGGCGUCAUUAAAGAGCGAUCGUUUGACGCUGCGUUCCUCCAGGGGGUAAAGUCCUGGUCCUGGUCCUGGUCCUGGAGGCCUCCUGUGCACCGAUGGCUUCUCUUUCCCUGAGUGGUUUCACGCUGCCAAAUGAGACGGGACAGACGAUCACUAACUGGGGAUCUGUGGAAUAACUGAGGAUAUAUUUGUGGUAACUAGAUUUUAUUUCCUGGAAGGAACGUUUUAAUCGGCCUUAAACUUAAGAAUCUGCCCCAUCAAAAUGAAACUUAAAAACCACUUUCCUAAUUAUAUUUCCUUCUGUUUUGGAGACGACUGACGGAUGAUUAUAAGUAUUAUAUACAUUUCCUUGUUUCUCGGGUGGUCUUGUUUUAGCAGUUUCGGGGCAUCCUUUUUAUUAUUACUUGACGGUGUUGAAGCUGAACCAUUAAUAAGAGCUAAUAAAGCAAUAAUUACACAUGUGGAGAGAUUCAUGUUGGAACUGUUGGGUGUUCGCAAAUAAUAAAAACAGUACUUGAAUGUU